GUGACUUCUCCAAUGCAACCAGCACGCCCUUCAUGCCACCUCCACAGAGGCUCCAUAGCUAUGACAUUACUGAGACUGGGAAACAGGUGCACCGACAGUACACCACGCCAGAGGAACUUGCGCGUUCAAGAAAGGAGUGGUCCGACUUUUUGGCGAAAAGCCCAGAGAGAUACGAUAUCAAGUUGCCUGAGCUUGGAUCUUCUAAAGACAUUCACUUCGACGGAUACGCCGUGAGGUAUUUGCGACCCGACAUUACCAAGUCCUGGAAGUACACACUUCAACAAGAGCCCAAGCUGGACCAGUACGCCCAGAAGCCUGUCCCAGCUAAUAUCUAUGCUCGCUACAGGGACACAUACCCACAGUAUCACAGAAAUGUGGCCUCUGAAAUGUGGCGAUAAGCGACAUAGACCUACUGUCAGGAGGAGUUUCGCGGGCAAGACAAAGAGCGACUAAACAGCUGCGAGACUGGAUGCUAAUGGCGUUAUCUUUCUUAUAACAACACACAGUUUAAAGGACUUAUCGUAAAGCAAA